AUGUGCGACGAUUACUAUGAAGUGUUAGGAGUCCCGAAAACGGCAACAGAAGAGGAUAUAAGGAAAGGUUAUCGAAAGCAGGCGUUGCGAUGGCAUCCGGACAAAAAUCCCGACAACAAGGAACAGGCCGAGGAGAAAUUUAAGCUGGUCUCUGAGGCAUAUGAAGUUCUUUCUAACAAGGAUAAACGCCAAAUAUACGAUAGAUAUGGCAAAGAAGGACUUUCCGCCAGGCCAACGAACGGAGGGGGUGAAUUUGCCGCAGACUUCGACUUCGACAUGUUCAAUUCCUCGCAAAACUUCCGCAGCCCGGAAGAAGUCUUCAGGGAAUUCUUCGGCUCUUCUUCUUUUCAUGAUAUUUUCAACAUGGUCUUCCAAUCUUUUGGUGGCUUUCAAGACUACUCUGACACAGGAAACACUUCAAGAAGGUCAAACAGAAGAAGGAAUACAGAUUUCUUUGGAAUGGAUGUUUCCAGCGAUGAUCCUUUAUCUGCCGAUUUCGACAGAUUUGCCGAUAAUUUAUACGGAAACGAAUACCUUUUUUCCCAAAGCCCUUCAAGUAAUAGAAGACAAAGGCGUCGAAGACAAGAUCGUGGAUCUCAAAGGCAAACACGGAACAGCGUUCCAAACUUAUACGACCCUUUCGCUUUCACGAGCUUUGAAGACUUCGACACGGUGUUUGAUCAGUUUGUGGACAUGGAGAGAAAUAUGAUGGCUACGAUGGAGCACGUUUUCGGCAGACUUUAA